GUCAGUACACACAUUUAGAAGAAAUACAGCGACAAACUGAGCGAGUUAGAGAGAGAGAGAGAGCGAAAGAGAGAGAGAGCAGGGUAUGAGACUUAAGGAAUAGGAGGGGCUUCUGAACGACUAGAAAUGUCAAUCAGAGCUAAGAGUCCCAAUAAUCUAAGGCAAUCUGUAAGGACCUGACCUUAGUCCAUUCAGAUCAAUAGGAAAGUGAGAGAGGAAAGUACAAUCGGAUCGUUUACACUGGCUCUGUAUGAGGAAACCUAGACUUCCCUUACAGUUACACUCACUGUAAAGUGGAUACCGUAGAGCAAGAAAAGGGGCGAUUCUCUGCUUUUUGUGACUACAGAAGCCCUUUCCAACGACCAUGUCGUUCCCCCAGCUGGGAUAUCAGUACAUCAGACCGAUCUACGCCUCGGAGCGCCAGGGGAUCGGCAGUGCCCGAGCCGGGACAGACCUCAGCCCGUCUGGGGCUCUCUCCAACGUGCUAUCGACCAUGUACGGGUCACCUUUCGCUGCGGCGCAAGGAUAUGGAGCAUUUCUCCCUUAUUCAAACGAUAUCUCAAUUUUUCCUCAGUUGGGCGCCCAGUAUGAGUUGAAAGACAGUCCCGGCGUACAGCCACCUGGUUUCCCACACCAUCACCCAGCGUUUUACCCGUACGGCCAGUACCAGUUCGGUGACCCAUCAAGACCCAAAAAUGCCACCAGGGAGAGUACCAGCACGCUGAAGGCCUGGCUCAGCGAGCACAGGAAAAACCCGUACCCCACCAAGGGGGAGAAAAUCAUGCUGGCCAUCAUCACCAAAAUGACCCUCACGCAAGUGUCCACCUGGUUCGCCAACGCCAGGAGACGGCUAAAGAAGGAGAACAAGAUGACCUGGACCCCACGGAGCCGGACAGACGAGGAAGGGAAUGCUUACGGCAGCGAUCACGAAGGAGAGGAAGGAGACAAGAGGGAGGAGGAUGAAGAAAUCGAUUUAGAAAACAUCGACACGGAAAAUAUCGAAAGCAAGGACGACUUGGAUGACCAGGACGGAGACUUACACUCUGAUUUGAAACUGGACGGCAGGAGCGACUCGGAGAUCUCCGACGGCUACGAGGACUUAGAGGGACCGGACGAGAGGUUUUUAAAAUCCGUCGUAAAAGAGGGUCAAGAAAUACACGGCGACCGUGGGGAGCACCACCACCCGUUAGAGAUCAAGGCGAGGCAGCCGAACGGCGAGCAGCACAAAAUGAACCCCGUUUCCAUCCACUCUCCCCCCUCAGAAAAUAACGCGGCCCCUGCCCAGAAACCCAAAAUAUGGUCUCUGGCAGAGACGGCUACGACUCCGGACAAUCCCAGAAAGUCUCCCCAAAUUAGCGGCACCCCAGCCGUGCCUGCCACACCAGCCAUCCUUCCUCCACACAGACUCAUUUCUUGUCCCGUAGGGAAACUUCAGAACUGGACAAACAGAGCUUUUUCGGCGCACCAGCUCGCUCUAAUAAACUCCAGCCAUUACCUGGGACUGGCAAACCAGGGUUCGACUAACGCUGGCCUGGCGAUGUACAGUAGACCGUCAGAGGAGCAGAACAACAACACAGAAUCAGCAGUAACAGACAGAUCUAGUGCCUUGGAAGCAGAGAAGAGGUUGUUGAAAACAGCCUUUCACCCAGUUCAGAGACGGCCUCAGAACCAGCUAGAAGCAGCGAUGGUUUUAUCGGCGCUGUCUUCCUCAUAGUCUUUUGUAUUUCAAUUUUUACUCGUUGUAAGGAAUGUAAAAUAACAGUUCUCUGUACACUUACCUUGUAAGCAUGUCUUGUGUAAAACUGCUAAUGUAAUAUUGUACGAAACUGUAGUCUGUGAGGUUUCUUUUUGUAAGUUCGGUGAGAAUUUGGUGUCCAAAAUGUUUUGUAUAUAAAGAAAAGAAAAAUGUACAUACGUGUGAACGAAAUUGUACAAGAAAGUAUAUAUUUUGGCUAAUAAAUGAACUGUUUCAACUUUA